AUGUCGGCCCUCGAUUCGAUCUGCGUUGGCAUCGAGCUGGAGUUUAUGGUUGCACUGCAGAUUGCGGACACCAAUCCUGCGUGGAACGAGACUCGAUGGGCUUGUCCCUCUUCGCCGGAGGCUUAUAUGGGUCUCGUGAUGGGAGACUACACAAUCAUUAAGCCUCCAGUCAUCCACAAGGUUUGCGACACAAUCGCCAGCACCGGUGUUGCCGUCUCGUGCGACUUUUGCCAGCCUGAGCCCUCAGACCCUGUCCAGCUCACUGGCACGUCAGUUCUCCCGCUCACUGGUAAUAGCGGAGACAUUCGAGUAUGGAAUCAGGGGGUAGCUACGGACAUGGCCGGGCCAGUCCAAAAGACCGACACUUGGUUCGUCGUCCCCGAGAUCCAUAUUACCAAGGACUGCGUUAGUAAGUCUGGAAAGACACCUUCUGACAAGUACGACUGGUUCGGAACUGAACUCAACAGCCCGAUUCUCAUCCGUCCUGAAGAGUUCAACCAGGGGCUACCUACUCUACGAAAGUGCCUCAAGGCAGUGCAGGCCAACAUGAUAGUUGGUCUCAAUUCUGACUGUGGGUUUCACCUUCACGUCAACGACGCUGGCAACAUGAAGCUCGAAACAGCCCUGCGCGUUGCCAGCUUGGUUUGGUUGCUCGAGGACACCCUGCUGUAUCCGCUGUGCCAUCCAUUCCGCUCUUCUUCCCCUUUCUCAGCACGUAUCAGUGUUGAGUCCAAAAUCGCCCACGAAGAUGGAGAGCCUUCGUUGAUGAGCGAUGGUGAGGCGUUCAUCCAUGUCCUCCAAGAAGCCAUGACACAACUGAGCUGGCGUAAGAAAGUCGACAAACGCCUUCUUGGAGCCAUGAGACGUCUGUGGUCUGAGCCCAACCUCGUUAGUCUCGGGGUAGCGCUCCGCAAAUUCGAUGAAGGCGACAAGCACACAACGACUCGAUGUGCGCUGGUGGUGACCAAGUACGACACCCUUGAAUUCCGAUACCCAGAGUCCAUGUUUGACGUUGACUUCAUCGCUGGCUGGGCUGACCUGGUGCGACACUUGUACGCGGUUGCAAUGAAGCCUCAGGCCGAGUUUCAUCAGAUCAUUUGUCGCGUGUACGAACUCGUGACUCGUGAUCAGGUGCCCGGAUGGUCAGCUAUGAUGGGGGCGAUUGGGUUCCAAACAGAUGUCAGUAUCUGGCAGCGACGUCUGAACGAGUACCAAGGCAGCCUGAGUGACCUUGACAUGCAAGGUGUUCUCCCAAAUUCGGGGAUCGUCGGGCUGUAA